ACCAUUACAUCAAAUCUACCAGCAAUUAUAAUCUCAAUAGACAAAUGUUGCAUUUAUAUGUCUGUGGUUUGUGUUAAAAUAUUAGCAUUUAUGGGGCCCUGAAUCCCUGGGGGCCUGAUGGGGCUCCUUACGCAAUAUGGAUUAAACAGAAGAGCAAGUAUUCAUUUUAAUUGUAUUUUUCAUCUGUUGUUGAGACGCUACAGUUGUGGGUUUAAAUAGCGUUUGGCAGACGGUGUCUUCCAGUAACACCCUUUAAUACAAAACCACGUGGACAAGUCCUCUGGGGGAAACCCUCGGUACUGAUCCGACGGGUUUCAUACUGAUCUGAUGGGUUAGUGAUCCGAGUACCUACCAGGUUAAUUAUCUGAUGGGUAGGAUUAGUGAUCCAACUGGUUGGGGUACUGAUCCGAUUUGUUCAUCAUCUGAACUCAAAACGGGGCAGAAUGAGAACUCCCUCACCCCUGGGGCAGUUUGGAGACUAAAGGAGUUUGUUUUGUUUGCAGAGGUUCUGAACCGGAGCAAAGAGCUGAAGAAUGGUAAAGAGGGUAAAAACAAAGACUCCCCUGCUGCUUCCUCUUCCUCCUCCUCGUCUUCAUCCAAGCCUAAGGUGAAGAGCAGCAGCAGCAUUGCAGGCAUCGCCCUCUGUUGGCAGGGAGUGGUGCAGCGGCAGGUCAAGAAGUUCCUGGAGUCCAGCUGCAGCCUGCCGGACUUUGUGGAGCGCUAUCGUAGUCUGUACCUGCGCCUGAAAAACGCCAUGGAGGAGCUGUUCGGACAGCAGACGGCCUUCGUCCUCGCUCUGAGACACGGCUUCUCUGCUGCGCUGCUGCAGCUCUCCAUCCUCAGAGCCAUGCACGUCAGUGAGCGUUUCGCUCAGUACAUCGACCAGAUGAUCCAGGCCAGCGCGGCGCCCUCUGGUGGAGUGGAGACCCUGGAGCGACUGCAGCAGUUCCUGGAGCCGAUGCUCUUCCUGUCGGGCCUGGAGCUCGCCAACACUUUCGAGCAUUUCUACAGGUACUACCUCGGGGACCGGCUGCUCGCCCAGGGCAACGUAUGGCUGGAGAGCGCUGUGAUCGACCAGAUCGGCAGCUGCUUCCCAAGUCGCUUCCCUCAGCAGAUGCUGAAGAACCUGAGGGAGUCGGUGGAGCUGCAGCAGGAGUUCCACCUGUACCGGCUGCAGCAGCUGGACCGCCACCUGCAGGAGCAGGACCAGGUCAUGGAAGACUGGGUGGAGUCCGAGGAGGAGGCGGAGGUCCAGGUUCUGGUUCUGUCUCCACGGUGCUGGGCCGUGUCCUCGGGCUGCUUCUUGGAUGAACCAGCCAAACAUUUUCCAGCUGAGCUCUGCUCCUACCUGAACCACUUCACCCAGUUCUACAGCCACAGUCAGUCCAUGUACAGCCUGAGCCACUCCAAGCCUCGGCGGCUGCAGUGGACGUGGCUGGGCCACGGCGAGCUGCGGCUGGGCGGCUGGACGCUGCACGUCUCCACGCUGCAGAUGUUCAUUCUGCUGCACUUCAACGCUCAGGAGGAGGUCAGAGUGCAGCAGCUGCUGCAGGAGAGCGGCCUGUCCGCUGCCGUGCUGCUGCACGCUCUGCAGCCGCUCAUCGCAGACGGAGGACCUUUGACCUGCAGCUCUGAGGAAGAGCCCAGCACAGCUGUGCUGCAGCUGAACCAGCAGGUGGCGUCGCGCAGCCUGCAGGGCGUUCCUGCAUCGCUGCAGCUGCUUCCCAGGCAGACGUACCUGAAUGUGGACGAGGACGCGGCGGGAACGCUGGAAAGGAAGAGGAACUUCAUCUACUGCCUGAUCGUCCACAUCAUGAAGCAGGAGAAGGAGAUGCACAUCGACAACCUGGUGUUCAAGGUCAUGGACUCGUGCCAGAAGCAGGAGGCGGCUCGCUCCCCGGGCGGCGGCCGCUUCGGCUGCAGCACCGGCGACGUGCUGUCCUGCAUCAUGCACGUCAUCAACAAGGGCUGCGUCCGCCGCAACGACGACAACCCGCACAUUGUGGAGUUCGUCCCCGAGGACCCGGCCACGCCCCAGAAGGGCCACGCCCAGUUCUCCUUCGGCCGCGCCGGCUCCAGGAAGGACAGCGUGGCCGACAUCAGUUUGGUACCGGCACCGCUGCGGUUUGAGGACGGGGUUCUGGACUCGGUUCUGUUCUCGAUGGGCCGGACAAUGACGCAGGAGGAAGUCCGUCAGCUGAUGCAGCGGACGGUGCAGCAGGUGUCGGCGACCCUCAGCCUGGACUCGGACCGGGCCGAACACCUGCUGAUCCACUGCAGGUGGAACGUGGACCUGCUGGUGCAGCGCUACACCGACGACCCCGACGCCCUCAUCAUGGCCGCCGGCCUCACCUGCAGGAACCCGCAGCCGCCGAGCCCCGCCCCCACCUGCCCCGUCUGCCUGGGGCCCCGGGGCCCCGACGCCGAGCCCGUCCCCACGCUGAGCUGCAUGCACUACUGCUGCCGGUCAUGUUGGCAGGAGUACCUGACGGCGCGGAUCGAACAGAAUCUGGUCAUGAACUGUAACUGUCCGAUCACAGACUGCCAGGCUCAGCCCACCUCCCAGUUCUUCCUCGGCAUCCUGACGGACAGGGACACCAUCGCCAAGUACGAGAACGCCUUGCUCAGAGGCUACGUGGAGUGCUGCUCCAACCUGACGUGGUGCACCAACCCCCAGGGCUGCGACCAGAUCCUCUGCAAGGAGGCCGUGGGCAGCAUGGGCACCUGCUCCCGCUGCUGCUGGUCCUCCUGCUUCAGCUGCAACUUCCCCGAGGCCCACUACCCGGCCAGCUGCAGCCACAUGUCCCAGUGGAUGGACGACGGCGGGUUCUACGAGGGGAUGAGCAUGGAGGCGCAGAGCAAACAUCUGGCCAAGCUGAUCUCCAAGCGCUGCCCCAGCUGCCAGGCGCAGAUCGAGAAGAACGAGGGCUGCCUGCACAUGACCUGUGCCAAAUGUAACCACGGCUUCUGCUGGCGCUGCCUGAAACCAUGGAAACCCACACAUAAAGAUUACUACAACUGCUCCGCCAUGGUGAGUAAAGCUGCUCGGCAGGAGAAGAAGUUCCAGGAUUACAACGAGAGAUGCACCUUCCACCAUCAGGCCAAGGACUUUGCCGUCGGCCUGGAGAGCAAGGUGUCGUCCAUCAACGAGGCUCUGCAGAUGAAGUCGCUGACCUUCGUCAUCGACGCCUGUAAAGUCCUGGCUCAGGCCAGAAAGGUGCUGGCCUACUCCUGCGUCUACAGCUACUACAACCAGGAGACGGAGAAGAUGGACGUGAUGGAGCAGCAGACGGAGGCGCUGGACCUCCACACCAACGCCCUGCAGAUCCUGCUGGAGGAGACGCUGCUGCAGUGCACUGACCUGGCCUCUUGCGUCCGGCUGCUCAAACCAGAACAUCUGAACACGGGCCUGGAGCUGAUCCGCCGCAUCCAGGAGCGCCUGCUGGCCAUCCUGCAGCACUCCACCCAGGACUUCAGGGUCGGCUACCAGACCAAGAGCGGCCAGGAGCCCGAGACCACGCAGGCGUCCAGCCUGUCCAACCACACGGACACCAACAAGGGGUCCAGGUCCAAGUCCAACCGCGGGUCGGACUCUGGAGAUUCGGACAACAACACGUACAACGGCGAGGAGGGUGGCGAGGAGGUGGAGGACGAUGAUGACGAGUACGACGAAGAGUACGUUCCUGAGUGGCACGAAGACUACGACGAAGACGACAUCGACGAGGACGACUUCUUCUCCGACGACGACGAGUCCGAGAACCUGGAGAGGGACUUCAGCCCCUUCGACUGAGCCGGGUCAGAACUGGAGGAGGCGAGGACGAAGCCUCGCCCCCUCCCAGCCGUGUGACGUCACCUUGAGGACAUUUGGGCCGACGGGAACGAUCCAGUCCUCCACUGACCCCUGACCCCUGACCCCCCUCGCUGCACUCGCUUUCACUUUCUGAUUCUGUUCUCUUUCGGCCAAAGUACGGGACGGGGACGCGGUUCUGAGUCCAGUUUCAGACGAACUGGUUUGCACCAGUCUGACAACCUUUUGAUUCCACCAAAGCAAAUAGCUAGUCUAGUUUGAAACCAGAUUAAACCAGUUUGAAGUAGUCUGAGACCGGUUCACACUGAUCACAGGCCAGUGGUAACCAGUCUGAAAACAAUCUAAUCUCAGACUGAUUUCAACUUGUUUGAACCCAGUGUAAACGGGUCCAAAGGGAUCUGGAAGCAGAUCAAACUAAAGCCAAUGUGAACAGACCUGGAACCAGUUUACACUCAUGGGAAACCAUCUUAAAACACAUAUCAUGCUGACUUAAUCUGGUUUGAGACUAGAUUGUUGUGAAUGCAGUGGAACAAAGUCUGAAACCGCUUUACAGUUGUCCAGUCUAAUUCUGUUUGAUUCUGGUGUACACUGGUUUCAAACCAGUUUCCACCCAACACUCAGAGACUGGUUUGAUCAAAAGUAGAAACCAUUUAAGUUGGAUUGGUGGAAACUGGUGUGGAACCAGUUUUGUCUGUGUGAACCGGUGGAACCGGGUCCUCGGUUUGUUCUGCUCCUGAAGCUCAGACCCGGCCGGUAUUCUGGACCUUCUCUGGACUUGUCGACGUCCCGCUGCUUCUUUCCCUGGACCGAACUGGAUCGGAUCGGUCUGACCCCCGACCCGCCUCACGUUCUGCCUUGGUCUGGUUCUGAUGGACCCGGCCUUCACCUGAGGAACACGCUGCCUCCUGCCGCCUCGAUCAGAAUUUUACCUGGGGGCCGGCCCGGAGGUUUCUAUGCACCUGAGGCCCGCGGUACCAAGCGUCGCCGCUGCAGUGACUCGGUUCUGUCAGAGUUCUGGGUCGUAGUUCUGGAGUCGGGUAUCUGAUACGCCGGCUCCUUAUUUUGCUGUAAUUUUGAGAGAUCAUAUAUUCAUAAUGUUCUACGAUGUUCUGUUUCCUUCAGCCAGCAAACAAAAUAAAAGCUUUUCUGCAGCGCUG